AUGACCGAUUCUGACGACCCUCUCGUUCAAGCGUUGCCUCCUGCGACCGACUAUUUAACUUACCUGACGUUGCUCGAAUACCAAUUAACCCCCGCCCGUCUGCCCACGCUGCAUAAACUCCUCCAAGAUGAGGUGCUGACGACCAACAUUGGCUGGGAUCUCGUCCAGUUGCUCAUACCCAUGCUGCCCGAGUCUCUGGAUUGUCUACAUGAUAUUGCUCGCUUGGGGAAUCCUAGAGAGGUGAUCCUCCGGGUUUCAGAUGCCUUGAUGCAAUUGCAACCCGCCGAUGACGAUAACGAUGAGGACCAGCACGGGGAGUCAUCACAAGAUGUGACCAACGAAUCGGAGCCCAAGUCGGAUGAUGAAGACAAACCCCUCCCUCGCCAUAUUCUGCAGUUCAAUACACUCGUUUCGAUGUUGUCGGUGUUGCACUCUCGCAUUCAGACCAAGUCACCCAGUCGAUUCCUGGCCACGUCUCUGCAAGCCUUGCUCGAAGCGUACACUCUGAUGCCCACGAGUGAAACCACAAUCGCCUUGUUGGAAUUUUUUCGGGAUGUAUCACCGUCGAAACGUCCGGCCCCACCGCCCAGGGCGGCCAGUGAAUCCAGCGUGGUCCGUCUCUCUGAAGCCUCUGCGCCGGACCCGGAAGCCGAAGUUCAGUCGCCGUCCUCUGCUAGUGACAAUGAGGCAGUCUUGGUCCAAAGAUUCCUGCAGUUUGGCCUGCUCGAAGUCCUUAAGUCUUACCUUCUAAGCCUUGGGGGUCCCUUGGAUCCAGGAAUGUCGUGGACGAUCCGGCUGCAAGAGAAGCUUCAUCCUGGAUUGCGAAUCGCCAGUCAACAGACGCAGACAGACGUAUUUGCUCACAAUAAGCGCCUAAGGGAGAGAGACUUAAUCAUUGCCAAGAUUACGGCACUAUCUCGCGAUUUUGGUCUGAGUGACAAGCAGCUACUGGAAAUCGCCUUGCAAUCGCCCGACGACCAUCCUCCGCCGCUGGAUUUUGAUGAGCCACCUCGUAAGGCAGACGAGAUUCCCCUUGAGAGACAUGGUUCUCUGUUGCUCUUGGCAGCCCGGGCAGCCUCGGCGGAAUUAUUCUCAUCAGGUCAAGUUACUUCGACCGCAGUCUUCCCGGACCUAGCGCGUAUUUUCCACAACUUUGUUGGAGGAUAUAACUCGCCUGAUGAAGUGGCUUUUGGGCAACCGCAAGUGUUGCUGGAUUCACUACUUGCAAUGACGGUCUUUUCAAUGCAGCAACCUAUUCAGCCACCCGCCACAGAAAAGGAGUUUAUCGAUUUCGUACUGUCGCUGACAGCAUGUACCGCCCGGCAGAAUUACAGCUCAGUUCGACGUAUCCCGAGCACAAUUGUCCAAAGCAAUUCCUCGCAGGUUGCCCGGUUUAAACUGAUUCGCACGGUUUUGGAAGACGACAGGUUCCAGACUGUCAAGGAUAGCGCCGUUGCCUGGCUCAAAGACGGGAUCUUGGAAGCAUCCAAAGCUUCUGAGACCGACGGCCCAUCCGAGCCAAGCCUAUUCCUUAAUCCGCAUUAUUUCUCAGUCUUGUUUCCCUCGCUCUUCAAUUCGUCCGCUUUGCUCAUGAAUGUGUCAUCUGACCUUGUGGCCUCGUGGAUCAAGUUUUCGCAAACCUUGACUCCAUCAAUUCACGCGGCGCUUAGUUUGUAUUACCUUCUUGUCUCGGCACCGAACUUGCGCCGGCAACUGCAACUUGAGAAGACCUACAUCUACUUUCGCAACCGCUUCCUGGAGCCGCUGAAGUCAUUGUGUCAUGCCUUCGAGGCGGACCUCACACAGAACGGUGGCGACGGCAAGAUCGAAGCCGCGGUGGGCGAGAGCCUAACACAGAUUGGGAUGGCACGGUCGGUGGGACUGGUUUCCCAUGCGUUGGAGCAGGUAGAGGAGGCGGUCGGAGAUGCCUUUGUGCUGAAGAACUCGGAACUCUCCGAACCCAGUGCUGAUGAUAUCGCUCGGGUGGAUACAAUCCGAAAGGAAACCUCACCCUAG